AUGGAAGACAGUGCUGGUGACUUUGACAGCUAUUAUGGAGCUGACAACCAGUCCGAGUGUGAGUACUCAGAUUGGAAGUCCUCUGGAGCCCUCAUCCCUGCCAUUUACAUGCUGGUCUUCCUCUUGGGCACCACUGGUAAUGGCUUGGUCCUCUGGACUGUAUUUCGGAGCAGCAGGGAGAAGAGGCGCUCAGCUGACAUCUUUAUUGCCAGCCUGGCAGUGGCGGACCUGACCUUCGUGGUGACCUUGCCGCUGUGGGCCACCUACACCUACCGGGAGUACGACUGGCCCUUUGGCACUUUCGCCUGCAAGCUCAGCAGCUAUCUUAUUUUUGUCAACAUGUACGCCAGUGUCUUCUGCCUCACCGGCCUCAGCUUCGACCGCUACCUGGCCAUCGUAAGGCCCGUGGCCAAUGCGCGACUGAGGCUGCGGGUCAGCGGGGUUGUGGCCACGGCUGUCUUGUGGGUGCUGGCUGCUCUCCUGGCCAUGCCGGUCAUGGUCUUCCGCUCUACCGACAACCUUGAUAACAACACCAAAGUACAGUGCUACAUGGACUACUCCCUGGUGGCCACCUCGAGCUCAGAGUGGGCCUGGGAGGUGGGUCUGGGGGUCUCGUCCACUGCCGUGGGCUUUGUGGUGCCCUUCACCAUCAUGCUGACCUGCUACUUUUUCAUCGCUAAAACCAUUGCCAGCCACUUCCGCAAGGAGCGCAUCGAGGGCCUGAGGAAGCGACGCCGGCUGCUCAGCAUCAUCGUGGUGCUGGUGGUCACCUUUGCCUUGUGCUGGAUGCCCUAUCACCUGGUGAAGACGCUCUACAUGCUGGGUAGCCUGCUGCACUGGCCUUGCGACUUCGACCUCUUCCUCAUGAACGUUUUCCCCUACUGCACCUGCAUCAGCUACGUCAACAGCUGCCUCAACCCUUUUCUCUACGCCUUCUUCGAUCCCCGCUUCCGCAAUGCCUGCACCUCCAUGCUCUGCUGGGGCCACAGCAGGUGUGGGGGCGCCUCCCAUAGCAGCAGUGGGGAGAAGUCGGCCAGUUACUCCUCCGGGCACAGCCAGGGACCCAGCCCCAACACGGGGAAGGGUGGGGAGCAGCUGCAGGAGAAAUCGAUUCCCUAUAGCCAAGAGACGCUGGUGGUUGACUAGGUUUGGGAUCCAGAACUGCCCUCUGCUCUGUCCCCUGACAUCCGCCUUUGCUCUCUGAA